UGAGCGGAGCACUGAAGCGCUGCUGUGUCAACACCCCGCGCGCAGCACAUCCCUCCUCAGCUGACGCCGUCUGCCUGCCUGCCGAGAAAUAUACACUCCUGCUAUGAGAGUAUGAUGUAUGCGGUCUGGGCUGUGGAUUAUGUAAUGGAGUUGAGAUGAGAAUGGCACUUUCUCAGUCAAAAUCAACCAAAAUGGGAAAAUCGAGACUGUUCCGCAUUUUUAUGAUCGUGGGUGCCGUCUUCAUGAUCCUUCUUAUAAUCAUAUACUGGGAUGAUGUGGGGGCCUCUAAUUUUUACCUGCACACAACCAUCUCCGGGCCCCAUCCGUCCCGCCUCUCUCCACAGGCCCGUCGUGACCCUGAAAAGAAAAUAGAGGAAGACAAAGAGAGCUCGUUCUUGAUGGACAUAGAUGCUUUUGUCAACCAGUUUUUGGAAGGAACCGCAGACCCCACGGAACAGGUGAGAGGAGAACCGCCCCCUGGAGACCCUCACAAUCAGUCCUCUGAGAAAUCGGAUGAGAAAUUUGUCCCGAGACGAGAGUGGAAGAUCCAUCUGACGCCAAUUGACCCUGAGAAAAAACAGAAGCAAGAGAGUAGAAAGCAGCUGAUCCAAGAUGUGUGCAGUAACAGAAGUUUUUUAGACUUCCCUGGAAAGAACAGGACUUUUGAUGACAUACCCAAUAAAGAGUUGGAUCACCUCAUUGUGGACGACAGGCAUGGAAUUAUUUACUGUUACGUGCCCAAGGUGGCCUGCACAAACUGGAAGCGCAUUAUGAUCGUGUUGAGCGAGAGCCUGUUAUUGGACGGCGUGCCCUACCAAGACCCUCUAGAUGUUCCUCAGGAGCUCAUCCACAACAGUAGCCUGCACUUCACCUUCAACAAGUUCUGGAAGCGCUAUGGAAAGUUCUCACGGCACCUCAUGAAAAUCAAGCUUAAGAAAUACACCAAGUUUCUGUUUGUCAGGGAUCCUUUUGUACGUCUGAUCUCUGCCUAUCGCAACAAAUUCGAACAAGAGAACGAGGACUUCUACAAGAGAUUCGCUGUUAUCAUGCUGAAAAAAUAUAGCAAUUACUCGAAUCCCCCAGCCUCAGUCGUGGAUGCUUUUGCCGCUGGGAUUCGACCGUCUUUCUCAAAUUUCGUUCGGUAUUUACUGGAUCCUAACACUGAGAAAGAGAUGCCUUUCAACGAGCACUGGAGACAAAUCUACCGUCUGUGCCAUCCAUGCCAGAUAAAUUACGAUUUCGUGGGGAAGCUGGAGACCUUGGAUGAGGAUGCUGAGCAUUUGUUGCGGAUUCUCCGCGUAGACAAUGUCGUCGAGUUCCCGCAAAGCCAUCGUAACCGUACGGUCAGCAGUUGGGAGCAGGAUUGGUUCGCCAGCAUACCAUUGGAGUCCAGAAAAGAGCUGUACAGGCUCUAUGAAGCCGACUUUAAACUGUUUGGAUAUUCCAAACCAGAGAAGUUGUUACAUGAGUGAAAUGUUCAUCAUCAGCUUUACUGGGGUGCUGAAAAUAUUUUCACAGCACAAUAAACACGGUGAUGGGAGUUCCU